CCUACUUCAUUUGUUUUCUAAUAUUUUCAAAUUUCUUCUAUUUUUUCUUCAUUUUUUUUCUAAGAACAGGCUCAAUCGACAAUCGUUAAUCCUCCCUUGCUCCGUUUCUCAGAGUUCAGCAGGCUAUUAAUCCCACACUUUGUGCGGCGAGGCGGUUUCAGAGUUCAGUGAGCAGAAAAAGCACAGCCUUUUUAGGCUUCAGCCAUCGCUAAUCGGCCCAGGAGCGAGGAGUCCAGCCAAUUCUAGGGGAUAGAUUGAAAUGUAUGGUGUGUGCCAGUACCAUAGUUUUCCUGGAUAAUGCUCAGCAGAUAGAGGUCGAGAAGAAUCAGAAAGUAUGUUGCAGUGCAUUUUUAUUCUCUCUGAUUCUGGUGAGGUAAUGCUUGAGAAACAGCUUACUGGUCACAGGGUGGAGAGGUCAAUAUGUGCUUGGUUCUGGGAACAGGCAAUUUCUCAAGGCGAUUCUUUCAAGCUUUUACCUGUGAUUGCUUCACCCACGCAUUACCUUUUCCAAGUUGUACGUGAGGGGAUCACCUUCUUAGCUUGCACACAAGUUGAAAUGCAACCUUUAAUGGCAAUUGAGUUUCUUUGUAGAGUAGCAGAUAUCCUUUCUGAUUACCUUGGUGGGUUAAAUGAAGAUUUGGUUAAGGACAACUUUGUGAUUGUGUAUGAGCUUUUGGAUGAGAUGAUAGACAAUGGCUUCCCUCUAACAACAGAACCUAAUAUACUGAGAGAGAUGAUAUCUCCUCCAAAUAUUGUUAGCAAAGUGUUGAGUGUUGUAACAGGCAGUAGUUCCAAUGUCAGCAACACUCUUCCUCGCUCGACAGCAACCUGUGUUCCUUGGAGGAAAAGUGACUUGAAACAUACAAGCAAUGAGGUUUACGUUAACCUCAAUGAAGAAAUGGAUGCUACUAUUAACAAGGAAGGAACUCUUGUAAAAUGUGAGGUUUAUGGUGAAAUUGAAGUUAACUCACAACUUUCUGGUAUCCCUGACCUUACUCUUUCAUUUGCAAACCCAUCUGUCUUGAACGAUGUGCAAUUCCAUCCAUGUGUUCGUUUACGGCCAUGGGAAGCAAACCAAAUCCUAUCAUUUGUUCCUCCUGAUGGGCAUUUCAAGCUGACAAACUACAGAGUCAAGAAGUUGAAGAGUACUCCCAUUUAUGUGAAGCCGCAGCUCACUUCAGAUUCUGGAACAUGUCGAAUCAGCAUACUAGUUGGAAUACGAAAUGACCCUGGAAAGCCGAUAGAUGACGUGACUCUGCAAUUUCAACUGCCUAGUUGUGUUUCAUCUGCAGAUCUUUCUUCAAAUCUGGGAACAGUGAACAUCCUUGCACAUAAGACAUGCUGUUGGUCGAUUGGAAGGAUCCCAAAAGACAAGAGUCCAUCAUUGUGUGGAACCUUAGUGCUGGAGACUGGCCUAAAUCGUCUUCACGUAUUUCCUACUUUUCGUGUGGGGUUCAAAAUAAUGGGCGCCGCCCUUUCUGGGCUUAAAAUAGACAAAUUGGAUGUGAGGAAUCUGCCUACGCGCCCUUACAAAGGAUUCCGAGCUCAAACCCGUGCAGGAGAGUAUCAAGUAAGGUCUUAAAGAUCCAAACAAAGCUUGGAACUUAAAAUUGAACGAGGAUGUAGGGGCUAUGGGUCAAUUUUCCACACAUUUUCUUCUCUGGAGUAGCUGUCUUUUGAUGAUGCCCUAUUGUUGUAAAAGUAGUAUGAGAAUUUGUUCUAUAUUUCGUUAGGGAAUCCCUAUUUUUCUAUUGUUUACCUUAAAAAAAAGGCUAGUUUGGCAUUAAUACGUUUCCUUCAUGACAAAUGCAAAAUAAACCUAGGUCAGAGAAGAGUAAAACACAUGAAUAUGACGGAUGACAUUAUGUACUGUUUUUUUUUUGUAGUUGAUAUUGAAUUUGUGAAGAAACCCUAGGCUUUCGAUCAGGAACCAGAAGAGCUGCCGGUGGGGGUCGCCAUCGUCUGCAUCCACGAUGCAAAUCGGGAACCAGAAGAUCUCUAUCUCGACGAGCAAAAGAUCCCCGUCACCGGGUUCCACUCCUUGAACGCCGACCCCUGCUCCCGGUGUUGCCCCUCGGACUUGAGCGGCAAUCCUAGUGCUUCAGUGGUACAUGGUUUUUGUGAGAACCCCCAAACCCUUAACUACUCAUAGUGCUUUCGUUGAUGAUGAUGAUAUUGGAGUAUUUUUUUUAUUUUUUGUAUGGGUGCUAUGGAAUUUGGUUUUUAAUAACCGACCGAAACCAUUCGGUUUAAUCGAUUUCGGUUUUCUCGGUUAUCCAAAUACAACUACAACGGUUCGGUUUUGAUGGUGUGGGAUAUGCCAAUAAUUUUAAAGGCCAUAAUGAAUGGACUCAAGAACAAGAGCUAGGACAACCCCUCGGAAGGCCACAAAAGAAUACCUUUGGAGCCUCCCACUGAGGUGGUUCACCCAAGUAGAAUGUGCAAAGAGUGUGAUCUAGAAGUGAAUGAAGCAAACGAGGUGAUCGACUUGGAUUUCCUAGAGGAGUGGAGAGAAGAAGGAGUUGGUCUUGAAUAUUUUUAUAGCGUUCACACACGAAACAAGGGUUCUGUGAUUUUAUCAUUUACUAUCUUGCUCAUAGGCUUUUGUCCUUCUCCUAAGAAAUUCAUCUAUUGUGU